GUCGUCCGUCGCGAUGCUCGCCCCCCCCGGCGAGCACCCCCACCACGAUGGAGGCCUCUCCAACUCCCCGGCCCCGGAGAAGGCCUUUCUCGGGCUGAUUUGGACCUCGAGCAUCUUGUCCCUGCUGGCGGCGCUGCUGCUCUUGUGGACCCUGCGAACCAUCCCGCGGACGCGGCGAAACUUGACCCUGCACCUGAUCGGCUUCCUGUCCAUGGCCCAGGUGGGGUCCUGUGUGUCGUGGUUCAUGAAGCGCCCCGGGGCCGAGGUCGAUGGGCUGUGUGUGGCAUCUGCCGGGCUGGGGCUCUUCUGCCAGGUGGCCACCUUUCUCCUUUGCUGCUCCAUCGCCACGCAUUACAUUUUGACCGUCCGCCGGCGGGGGUCCGAGUCGAGCGCUGCCCGGCGCGCGGCCCGGACUGCCGAGCGUGCGGCCCCCGGCCUGCAGCGCUGGGCCGUCCGCCACCGAGCGUACCUCACCUACGGCGCGGUGUGCUUCCUUGUCCCGCUCCUUUGUGCGGUGGUGCCCCUGUCCAUGGGGAUGUUCGUCCGAGGCGGCGGCCAUCCCAGCGACAUCGGGUGCUGGUUCGAUGGCGAGCGCUUUGCCUGGGCGCGGCUGCUCUUUUUCGACAGUUGGAUCGUCCUGUCCUGGUUCUACAUCGGUGUGGUGUUGCUGCUGGCGCGUCGGUGCGAGCUGGUCCUUUGCCCGGCCGGGAGGGGGCGGGCCCGGUUGGCUCGGUCUCUUUCGCCCUUCCCUCCGGGGCCCUUGGGGCGCGGCCGCCCGGGCAGUCACACAUUGCUGACCCUCCUGCGCCUCCCUCACUUCCCCGUGUCGAUGAACGGUCGCACGCAGCGAGCUCAACACCAUUCGGGCCUUCCACCAACUGUUCGAGCCCUUCGUCCACAAUGCCGUGCACACCCGACGCAUCGUCCAUGGGGUGCUGCUGAAUUUCCUGCUCUGCUGGAUGUGGAGCUCGAUCCUGGCCCUGCUGUCGUUGAUCGACGACAUCCAGACGGUCUUUGGGGGUGUUGCGGCCUCGGGCUCCGGGUCCGGGUCGAGCCCAAGCGGGCCGCUCAGCGCUGCCCAGGUCAUGAUGGUCAUCCUGCUGCUGGCUUUCGGCAUCUUCUCCCCGCUACAGGGGUUCCUGAAUUUGCUGUUGAUGCUCGCUCGGUCGCCGCUCUUCCUCCAGGGUUUCCGUCUGAUGGCGGUGCGGGCUGUGCCGGGCUGGCUGCUGCCGCUGGCCGGGCGUGCGCUGCGUCUGCCCCCGAUGCCCGAGUACGUGGAUGCCCUGUCCUCGGAGGAGCGGGCACAAGCAUGGCGGGCACACCUGGUCGAGGCCAUCGGCCCGCUGGACCUGUCGGCUGAUGAGAAAAUCACCGGCCAGGUGCCGGAGCUCGGAAUCGAGGCGGCCAGUCUGCUGCCCAGCCCGCAGACCAAAUUCAGCCCCCUCCUCCCGGGCCUGGGAGGCAGUGUGGACCCCUUCGUCGGGGGGCCCUCGCGGGGUGUCACCCUCGGCAAUGACGAGUACACACCGUUGAUGAUGGCUGGCCAUCAGGCGUCCGGAGCCGGCGGCUUCGGUGGUGGCGGCCCGGGCUCCGGGUCCUCCUGGCAUCAAGAUGCCCCAGCGGGGGCCCCCUUCUCGCCGGCCGAGCUGGGGCUGGUGCUUGGCGAGCCCCUGGCCGGGACAGCACUCCCCCCGGGUGCCGAAUCCCCGAGCAUCAGCCUCCCGGCCGAGCCGGGGUCCCGCGGUGUUUCGGCCCCCGAAGUGGAAGACCCGCUGCUCGAGGCACUCAGCUGGGUGGUGCAUGUGGCCCCGGCGUGCUUUGACCGAGCCGGCGGCCUGGCCGAGCUUCCUGCCGCCGAGCCGGGCCGGCCUCGGCCCAUGGGCCUGAUGGCUUCCAGCUUGCGAGCUCGCUAUGCCCAGUCGACGGCCAGCCCGUGCCUGCUCUUCUGCUUUGGCCGCCGGCCCGAUGAGCAUCCCCUGCCGCUGGCGUCCUACACCGGGCAGCGCCUGACGGCCAUGGUGUCCGGCGCGGCGCCGGACCAUCCGCUCAUCCUGCGGGUGACCCUGCAGCAGUGUCUCCUUCGGGCCCGGUCCGGGGAUGCCCCAGUCGAGGCCCCGGGAUUGACAUUCAUUUGCUCCGGACCGGGGCGUGCCCUUCCCGGGGUGCUUUCUCGGCGCCUGUCUCGCUAUCGCCUGCUCUACUGGGACGUGGCCGUGGCGGAUACCCUGGCCGGGGUGGGCUCCCGGGUGGCGGAGGUCCCUGUGACAGUGGCACCGGCCCGGGCAAUUGCCGGGGUCCGGCGGGCCGAUCCGGCCGUGGCCCACAGCGGAUCUCUGCGAACCGGCUUGCAGCAUGCGCACGAGCGCCUGUUGCGGACUUGGGCCGCCGGGCAGGCGGCAUCCAGCCCCGGCCUCCCAUCUCCGGCGGUCCUUUCCCGGCGUCUUUCAACCCUGUCUACCACGCCGAUGGGCACGUCCCCGGCACCUCGGGCUGUCUCUUUGUCGCCGGUGUCGCGGCCUUUGGCGGCCGCCUGGCCAGCCGGCAUGGCCACCCCUGCGGCUUCGAUGUCGGCCUCGGUGGCGGAUCGCCAUUCGGAUUCGGAUAUCAGCUGGUCCAGCGAUGCCUACUCCAGCGAGGAAGACUCGGAUGGUGACCACCCGGCGGCAUAUCCGGCGAUCGACGCCGACAGCCACGGCCAAGACAGUCAAUUGGCUUUGGGUCCAUCCUCGCUGGCUCCCCCCUUGGCCGGGUGGCCGGCUGCCCGGAGUCCGGCUUUGGCUUUUCCCCCGGUCCCUGCUGGCCGGCCGGUCUUCGAUCUGAUUUUCCGCCGGAGCCACUCCUUUUCGGACUUCACCGAGCAGGCCAUCAUCAACGAGUCUCCAUGGCCGGGGGGCGCCCCGGCGGCUGGGGGGCGUCCGCGUUCGCGAUCCAUUUCCUAGGCUGUCGGUGCUUUUGCCGCGUGCCCAAUGCACGGCCCAUCCGAA